AUGGACGUAUUAAGAGUUGUUCUUGUAGGUGUUAUUGGAUCUGGCAAAACUGCAUUUUUUAAUAAUUUGACAAAGAAUUAAGAGCCUGUAAAAUAGGGAGGAGCAUCUGUUACUAAAUAAGUAGUAGUUGGAUAAUGCAUUUUUGGAGAGCAGUUUGAAGUAAUUGAUACCCCUGGGUUCGAAUCUGAUGAAGAAAAAUUAUUACAUGCUGCAGGAGUAAUUGCAGCACUUUCAAUAGGCGAUGUUAAUAGAAUAUUAUUAAUAUAAAAAUUUGACAGAGAUGGAGUAAUGAUGAAUGCAUUGUAAUAAGUCAUAGCUCCAAUCACUAGAUAUAGGGAUAUGGUAACGGUUAUAGUAUCACAUUGGGAUCUUUCAGAAAAUAAAGAACAAGAUUAAUAGCAUUUAACAAAGAAAAUAAAGGAUAGAUUUAAUAUUGGAUCUAUUCUUUAUUAUUCUAAACUUAAUGAUCCUAAAGUUAUCGCUCUAUUAGUUUAAAAUAUAAUUUUUGAAUCAAAACUAACAUCUAUUAAAUUAUCAGAUACAGAAAUAAUUAGUUAGUUUGAUUUAUCAACUUUGAAUUAUGAAAGUCAAGAUAAAUUAGAAAGAGAUAAAGAAUAAAUUAUUAAGUCAUUUAGAAAGACGGCAUAGGUGUUUAUUAAAUAUAUAAAUGAAGAGGUUAAUUUGGAUGACCCUAAAGCUGUUGAUAUUUUGCAUUUUAUAUCAUUAGAAAUUAAGAAUAUUGCAAAUAAAUAAGUGGAGCAGUUUGAAAAAUAGCAUGGAGAACAACUUAAUGAGUUUUAUGAUACGAAUGGAAUUAAUGUUAGCUAUUUACAUCAUAUAUAUCUAAAAAAAGAAAUAAAAAAGGAUCUUGAAAAGGUAAUUAAAUUGGCUUAAGAAAAAAUGAUUAAUUCAAAAAAUCAUUGUUUUUAAUGUUUAAAACAAUGUCCACAUUGUAAAUUAAUAUGGAUUAAAGUUGCUGGAUGUGAUGGAUAAACUACUUGUGGAAAUAGAGUUUAUACCACUUCAGAUUCAUUAUUGAAAAACUCUUCAACUAAAUGUAGAUACGAAAUUGAAUUAGAAUCAAACAAAUUAGUGUUGAAAGAAAUUUAAUUCAGUAAUACACAAAAUACAUCUUAGAAAUCAUAGUCUGAUUCAAAUUAAGAUUAUAUUUACCAAAUUAUAAGGGAGGAUAAGUAUUUAUAGAAAGUUCUUGGACAAAACUUUACAAAGGAUUAAUUUGAGAAGUUAAUAAGAGAGAAGAAUGAUAUGAAUUAAAAUUUAAUGUAUUCAUUUUUGAGGUUGAAACCUGAUGAUGAUAUAAUUAAAUGGAUUUACUAAUAGUUGGAUAUAGAAAGGGAUAUUGAAAAAUAAAAUGAUAAGAAAAAUAAAAGAUUUGGCUGCGGAUAAGAAUUAAUUUGGUCAGAAUUGCCACCCUUGAGUGGACCUGAAUUAAAUGAAUUACUAUCAAUUGAAUUAAUAGAUUAUUUCAAUGAUUAGGCAUAAUUAAUUAAUGACGAAAGUAAAUUCUUAGAGGCAGCUUAUAAAGACCUUGUUAACCAAGCUAUAUAAGAGCAAUAUAAGACAAAGAAAGUGAUCUAAUUGUAAAAGUAGAGUGAAACAUAAUGA